AUGUUUCUUCAAAGCACAAUCCGCCCCGUUGCGGGGAGGGCUCCCUUCCUUUAUUCGGUGAAACCGUUCACUCGCACCUUCGCAACCCUCCGUCCGCCAGUCCUCCGACAAGCAAUCACUCCCGUCCGCCACCAACAAGCCACAAAAGCCCAAUUCGCCACCAAGCGUUUCUACACGACAGAUCCAGAUAUCCUUUCUCGCCCAACCGGGAAGGAGAAGAAUCGAGACCUCCUGUAUGCUGGCUUACUCUUCGGCAGCGCUAUCUUCUUUACUAAUAUUUUAUACAACCUUGAACCUCGUGAGGGCGGCAUUCCACCGUACGAACGUGCCUACGUCCAUGAAACAUUCACGUACACGGGUCUCGGAGUCGGUAUGGUGGGCCUAGCAGCGAAGGGUCUGCACAACAUGGGGUGGAGUUAUAAGCUCAUGAGCAAGAACCCGUGGCUCGUCCUCGGCGGUAGCCUUGUCGCGGCGGCGGGGACAAUGUACGCUACUAAAAUUACCGAUCCAGACAAGUAAUUUCUCCCCUUCCCCCGUCCCUCUCCUUCACCGUUAACAAGGCAAGCUACAUCCAAAAACACCUCCUCUGGUCCGCCUUCAACCUCACCAGCGGCGCAGUCCUCGCCCCACUCUUCUUCUACAACCCGGCCCUCCUCUCCCGCGUGGGCGUGUACGCCGCCGGCAUAAUGGGCUCGGUGGCGCUCGCCGGUGCGACGGCCAUUGAGGGCGACUACCUCUACUUCGGCGGCCCGUCCCUCGCCUUAGCGGCCAUGCUGGCGCUCUCGGGCCUCGGGCCCAUAGUCCUACCCCUCGGAUCUCGGGCCCUGCUGGCGACGGAGAGUUUCUGGAUGUGUGGCGGGCUCGGUGCGUUUGCGGGAUUCACGCUAUACGGUCCGAUUACGGUCAUGGAUCACGCAAUACGGGCGAAGAGCGGCCUCAUCCAGAAGGAUACGGUCAACGAGAGCAUCGAUCUCGAGUUGGACUUUAUCAUUACCCCUGUUAGACUGGUGCAGACUCUUGUGCAGAGACAGCAGAAUCAGCAGUAG